UUUGACGAGUCAGCAAGUCAGGAAGCAUCAAUUUCAGCUCCUCUUCUCAAUGCAAUUUCUCCAGGAUCCACUAUCGCAGAGUACUCCGUACCUCGGCGAGAAAGAAAUAUUUAAAGUGGGAAAGCAAUUUUGAGAAUUUAUGCAUUGACUCGAUAGCAUGUUGCCUGAAUGCUCAUCGAAUUGCAAAGUACGAAAAGAAAUAAAAAGUGGAUAUUCUUGGGUCCGAAUUAUACACACUACUACACAUUAACCAGACGAACAUCAUACGUUGCGGAGAGUGUCCUCCGUAGCAUCGGACGUCAACCGCGGUUCCACCGUUUUAACCCGACUAUCUAUCAGUCGGAACCAGGUUCAUACGAAUGCCGAACUGUCGAAAGCUGGGUCAAAUACUGUGCCGUUGUGCUACUAACACUGAUAGUAUAUUUGCUUGUUGUCCCUGGAUGCUGGGAUGCUUAUCCGAACAUCCGAGCAAAGGCCGAAAGGAUCGCAUGUCAUAGACCCAUCAUGAUGCCACAAAUUAAUUAGCUAAUGAUAAUAGAAUACAAACUUGUCAAGGGAUUGCAAUGGCUGGCCUGAACGCCAUCGAACGGACCGACCAACCUACGCGGGGUGCCUGACCAUUGGUUUGCCUAAUGCUUAUUUGCACCACUCCGUACC